GUCUCCUUCUCAAUACUUGCUGACUGCAAUUGUGGUGUAGACAAAGAAAGGACUUUAAGCUCUUCCUGCCAGAUCCGAUAUUUGCUCUUACUCUAAUAAUUUGAAGUUAUGUGCAAUCUCCUCCAUGAAGGGAAAUUCACACUAGCAGACAACUUCUUUAUCACACCACUAUGUCUUCUUUUCUGAUGAAGUUAGGAGGGUUCCUGUCUCUUGUUUGUGUUGCUCAUACUCUGAGCUCUGCACACAAACUGACAGGUAUUAAUCAGCCUUCAUCUGAACAUCUUUCUUGACUAUUUCAUUCACCCUGGGUUUCUGAUUUGCUCAAUCUCCGAGGAGCUAAGCUCUCUGGCUUUGCAUGCCCCAUUUCCUUGUUUUCUUUCAUCUGAACAGCAAGGCUCGUUCGUUAAAUAUGGAUGUGACAAGGCAGUCUUUUAGUCAACAUCUACCGAGACUUCUAAAUGACUUAGCAAAGUCUUCUUUUGUUGCCGUGGACUUGGAGUUUUCCGGGAUCGUUCCAAGGCAGUCUGCUCCGAGCCCUGGAAGCAAUCUAUGGGGUGAGAAACAGACUCUACAGACGAGAUACGAAGAAGUUAAAGAAGCAGCUGAUACCUAUCAAGUGUUGCAAAUUGGGUUGACCUUUGCAAUGGAGGACGGGGAGACUGGUUAGAGCGAUCAUUUUGGUUGGCGACUGUCGGUUCGAUGCUGAAGAAGAAUAUAGGGACUUAUGUGUUACGACCUUAUAACCUCCAUAUAAAUCCCGUGCUUGACGAAAGAUUGGGAGUUGAAAGGCGAUGGUCUUAUCAAAGCCGUGCCGUCGAGUUUUUGAUAAAAAAUGGAUUUCGAAUGGAAGCACCGUUUGUAGAAGGGCUGCCAUACCUUUCGCGCCUCGAAGAACAAUUGGCAAUGACGAAAUUGGCGGAGAGUGAGAACAGCACUGCAAAAAUUGCGGACAUCAAACCCGAAAACAUGGACCCAGAAUCCCAUACAUUCGUAGCUAAGGUUCGCGGUCUCAUUGACUCUUGGAUUGACGAGAUAGGGGAUAAGGAAGAAUAUCUCAACAUUCCAGAACCUGGUGGACUGGAAAAUGGGAAUAUGGCAGGUCCUCUAGGGAGCUGGAGGUUCGCCCUAAACAGUUACCAAAAACGUUUGGUCCAUCAGCUGGUUCGCGCAGAGUACCCUUCUCUUGUCUCAAUCAGUCGAAAAACUUUCGUCCAAAUCAUUCCCUACAACAAACAGCGUGAGGAGUACAUACGCGUUGAUAAAUGGCGAACUCUUCGAGAGCGGAUUGUCCAGCAAAUGGGGUUUCGAUGGAUUGUUGAGGGCAUGGUUGGAGGUGACCUCUCUGCAAUGGACCCGAGGGUCUUUCUUCCCUGUAUCCCAGAUUCAGCCACAGUUGACGCAGAGGCCUUGUCGAACUACUCUGACGACUUGCGGUCAAAAUUGAAGUCAAGACAGCCUGUUUUGGUUGGACAUAACUUGUUCACUGACCUCAUCAACUUUUACAAAUGCUUUAUUGGCAACUUGCCGGAUCGCAUCGAAGAUUUCAAGGAAGCUAUCCAUUCUUUAUUUCCCCUUGUAAUUGACACAAAAUAUAUGGCCACGCACAAUUGUUCAUCAGUGACGCCCUCAUCCUCCCUGGCAGAAAUUAACGACAAUUUGGCGAUGAGGAAGACGCCCAAAAUUUUCAUUGACCCGGAGCAUGAUAAAUACGUUGUGGAGAAGCCACUUCAUGAAGCGGGAUACGAUAGCUUGCUCACUGCAAAGGUUUUGAUCAAACUGACUGUGGAGUUACAAGGAGAGGCGCCAAUAGCUAACGUUCCGCGACCAUGCAUCGCUCAGCCCGUUGUUCUGGAUGACUGGCCAAGGGCACCUUUGAGGACAGCGUCGAGAAUGCGAAGCCGCGUUGAGAAUAAAGCCAAAAAGCUCAUAGACAUAGGCGAGCCAGAUUGUAGUGAUUCCCAGAGUUUCUCCUCGUCGACGUCGAUUUUUGAUAGGCGGUCAAGUAGCGAAUUGGUUGCCAUAUCAACACCAAAGCAAUCGCCAGUGGAUUGGAGCAAGGAGAGUGAGGUCUCUCGAAUACGAUCGCUCCUUUCCACUCCAACGCAAUCGGAACCACUUGCUGGUCGAACACACGGUACUGACAAAAGCCAGCCCCCGUUUAUGGAUCCAAGUUCGCCUUUCUGGAAACUUCAGGAGAGGGCCAUGAUCCAACACAAGAGAAAGAGAGCCAGGCUCAUUCCUCAAUUUUUGGAUGAUUUCUGGGGGAUUUAUGGAAACAAGCUCCGAGUCUUUGGGACUCUCGAAGAAAUAUGUGAUUUGAAUUGACCUAUUUAAGCAUAGGGAUAACAAUGACGCGAUACACCUCAAACGAUUUACAGGCUAGGUUUAGAUCCUCCUGAGAGAUGACACACAUGUUUUAAUUUGAUAUGUAAAUUGCUACUAAGAAAAUGAAUGGAAGAACUGAUUUAGCUCGAAUGCUUUGUGCUGGAGGAGGGGGGAUUUGUAUGCAGUAGCUAUCUAACUGUACACCUUAGAGGAUGAAGGUACCGCUAGCGAAAAUUGACCGCAAUGACGGAAAAUCUUUUUCUAGGCACUUCUAAAUGAUCAAAAGCUGUGGAGAAGUUAAACAGAGCAAUUGAUGAUAAGGAUCGGUGCCAUGUUUUUUGAAGAUAGAGAAGAGAAGAGGAAUCAAACUGCGACAAGAAAAUUUUAUUGGUGGAAUAUAAAUCAAAACCAUAUCACGUGAUUUUCACUACAAUAGCUCUAGCGUGCCAAGAUGUAUAAUCCAAGUGGAAAG